AUGGCCGAACAAGAGUCUUCUUCUUCUUCCUCUGCAGACAAUUCGUCUCACCAACACCACCACCAGCUCUCUUCACACCCGCACUACCGGAACCAAUCACAACACCAACACCAACACCAACAGUACCAGCAACACAACCUGGAUAUGUCCCGGUUCUUGGACUUUGCAGUCGAAGCCUCUGUUCUCCUCGAAACCCUCCAUCAGAACGGCCUCAUCCAUGGUCAACUCUGUCCUACUUCCUUCAGCUGGGAAGAGUCCUCCUCGCUCAAAAAGGCUAUCGAGUCUACCUCAAAUACGACCUUAAUGACCAACGCUCACGCCAACGCGUCCUCCACCUCUGUGGUAUUAUCCCCUCCAACAACCUCGUCGAGCAACAAUACCACUACAGCGACCAAGGCUGACCAGGACUCUGCACUCCUCACCAUCACAAGCAACAACAGCAGCACUGGCGGAAGCAAUAGCAGCAACAAGCCCGGUCGCAGGCAACGGAGAUACUCACUCGUCCUUGACUGCACUCACCUCGGUCUUGGCGAAAAGAGCUCUGAGCCGCCAGACAGCCCAGCCCGAAAGGGUCUUCGUGACCAGAGCCACGCCAACAACAACAACAGCAGCAGCAGCAACUUUCAUCACCCUUUUGCAAGUCCACCUCAGAGCGCGUCUUCCUCGCCAAUCGCUGGUGCCCUCAGUAAUAACUUGUCCGAGAACAACUACAUUAAUCAUGCGUCCAGCAAUAACGCCAGCCCCAAUCAUAAUGCCGGCUCGUUUCAGGAUCCUCUUCUCUUCUCGCCCUCUGAUGCCAACUUGCUGCCCUAUAGCAACACCAAUAGCGCAGCUGUCUUUCACGACGCCAUUGCCGCGCGUAUGGCGCGUAUCAAGCGGUCGCUCUUGCCAUCAUCGUCGUCUUCACCCACACUGGGCCAAUCCUCUUCACACUCCUCAUCGACUUCCUCGUCAACAGCUACCUCACAAUCAGGGUCGACGUCCACAGGAACCUCAGGAUCACCAUUGCCGUUUGUCCUCAAAAGACACUUUUUGCUCCAUGUGCCACAGGACAUGCUUGCAGGAUCGAUUGAGCACUCAUUGGCAGCAUCGUCGAUUCACUAUGGACAUGAACAGCAACAUAAAUCAGGAGCUCGUGGUGCCGUGUUAGCCAGUACGCCGAGCCGUCUUGCCAAUGUGAUCCAGCGAAUGGUGGCCAAGGUGAGAACCGAGAGCUCCUCCAAGGAUAGGUUCCUUAGCAUGAUUCAGGUCCGCAAGGAGCUGUCACUCAUCCGGGAUCAGGAACUGGAGGCAUCCAACAAAGAGGCCGAGAACAAGGCCUUGCUUAGGACACACUCCGACAACACCAUUGUCAACACCGGCAUUGCAAAGCCUUCCCAGACACAUUUGGCGCCGUCAUCCUACCCUUCCAGUGGCUUGGCACGACCUUCAUCACCUGCCAACUCGACUCACUCCUUCAUAUCGACAGACACUCGGGUGAGCCAGGAAAUCGACACCACCGCAACAGGAGCCAGGAUCCCAGCACCAGACAAUGCUUCAUCAUCGCUACAUUCUCACGAAACCAACGGAGGAGGUCUCACACACGAGGACCGUGCCUUUGUCUUGGAAUUGGUCCUAGAUAUUGGCUUCAACUCGGACUUGCGGGUGAUGCUGCGAGCCAUCUCUCAUGCAUUGGACAACAUCCUGGUGGGCCAUCCUCCUGAGGAGAUGGCGAUCAUUCUUUGGCAAAAGGACGAGCAUUUGCCUAAUGGCGGGACCUGGGCGAUCCUUGAAGACAAAUUCCAGCCAGGAACGACCAAUCAAUCUAACUUGACUUGGACCGAUCUCUCUGAACGCCGUGAUCAUAUGCCGGUUUUGGUCCGAAAAGCACUUGACACCCAGGAACCCAUCUUUUCGACAGCUGUUGGAAGCCGCUCCCAGUUGCCAACAAUUGCCUGUGUCCCCAUUGUGGCCGGUCCCCAGCAACAUCAACAGACACAGCUGCAAUGGGCGACGCCAGGAACUUCUUCCCCCGCACCUUCGGUCUCGUCGUCAACUUCAUCCUCGCCGACACUUGUCGGUGCCAUCUACUUGCACCAUUUGCACCCUCGGUUCUACUUUACCAAGCGAGAUCAGGACAUGUUGAUGCUGUUUUGUCAAAAAUUGGCGCCUUCUCUGCAGUACUGCGACAAGGUGUCAAGUCUUGAGAAGCAGCUGGCCUUGGCUACCCAUCGCAGUCGUGUCCUUGAAGAUACUAAUACUCGCAUUCGCAAGAACGAGGACGAGGUUUUUUCGUGGAUGGAAGCUCUGCCUUGCUUUGUUUGGGCUGCUGAGCCCGAUGAUAUUAUAAGCCGCAGAUAUCUUUCGAGGUCGUGGUUCGAGUUUACAGGAUUCCCAGGCGACAAGCGUACCAGUGACAGGUGGAUCAGCGCCAUGCAUCCGGAUGACGUGGCGGCGUUCCAGAAGGAGGUCUCGCAGAGCUACAAGACGGGAGUGUACAAGGACUGCGAGUUCCGAUUGAUGCGAUUUGACGGUGUCUACCGCUGGCAUCUGUCGCGUGCCAUCGCGGUCCUGAACCAGUACGGAGCCAUCCUGAAAUGGGUCGGUGUCACCAUUGACAUCGAUGACCUUUACCGUGCGCAGAAAGCCGAAUUGCACAAAAAGUCUAAUUUCCUGGCCAACAUGAGUCACGAACUGAGAACCCCGUUCUCAGGAUUCCACGGAAUGUUAACGUUGCUGGGCUACUCGAGUUUGGACGAAGAGCAGCAAGAGUGUGUCUACACUGCCAAGGCUAGUUGCGAGAAGCUGCUGCUUAUCAUCGAUGACUUGCUGGACUUUUCGAAAUUGGAGGCUGACAAAGUCACUCUGGAGGCAUCGCCCUUCGACCUGCAGGAAGUUUUUGAUGAGGUUGAGGACAUUGUCGAGUCCUUGGCCUCUCAAAAGGCGCUGGAACUUGCCUUUCUCAAGGCUGACAAUGUCCCUGAUGUCUUGAAUGGUGACUGCAACCGGCUGAAGCAGAUCUUGUUGAACUUGGUCGGAAACGCCAUCAAAUUCACUCAUACUGGACACGUUGUCGUCAAAUGCAGAGUUCUGGAUCGGGACACGGACAUGGCGGCGCUUUCAUCUGGAUCUUCUUCUUUGCUUGAUGACGACAAGUUUUACUUCCUACAUGAGAAGAACGGCGGUGGUCAAUGCCAGUCCGAGAUGCGCCCGCCCAACUCGGGCCGCUUCUCUUCACCUGAGCCAUUGAGCGAGUCGUCUGUCAAGUUGAUGUUUUCGGUCGAGGACACAGGCAUCGGUAUCAGCGUCGAGGAGCGAGAGGUACUCUUCUCGCCCUUCUCUCAGGUGGACGGAAGUGCUACCCGAUCCUAUGGCGGCUCAGGAUUGGGUCUGUCAAUCUGUCUUGAGCUCGUCAAGCUGAUGAAGGGUCGCAUUGGACUUGUUUCUGAGCCUGAGAAGGGCUCGACCUUCUGGUUCGUGAUUCAGUGUGAGCUGGGCACGGCUGCCGAGAGCCCCGUCCGCACUACUCCUGAGACUGAUGUCGUUGACUCGACCAAGGAGAUAAAGCGCAUCACCCGUACUUUGGGAACACCCCGUAUUCUCAUUGCCUCGACCAGUGAGACCACCAUCUCCACCCUUCAGGCGUACUUGUCUGACUUCAACACUGAGGUCGCCAACUUGCCCGCAACAGCAGCCAGUCGCCUGGAGGAAUCGGUCGUGAAUGGAAUCCGAUUCGACUUUGUCUGCUGGGAUUUCCCCAAAUACGACCCUCAACACGCCAAGAUGCUGGAGCUGCAAGCACGACCAGACUUGAACAAUGUUCACUUCGUAUUGUUGUACACGCCCUUGCCAUCACCCGACCUGAUCCGUCGAGCUCAGUCCUUGCAGUUGCCGCCUUCCUCGUCCUCAGGUAGCCCAUCCCUUGGGACUCGCAAGCGACCGACCCUCAGCCAGUCGGUUUCUCUGCGACUUGACAACAACGGCUCCGUCAUUGGCAGUGCCAACCAUAGCCACAAUGCAGGAUCGACGACGGAAAGCGAGGUGCCUGGACUCAGUCCCGAGAAGCUCAACAGCCUCAGGAUCACGUGUAUCUCCAAGCCAAUCCGUCGUUUGAAGCUGCUUCGUGCGUUUGUUGAGAUCUUGGAUGAUUCGACCAGGAUCCAUGGAUCUCAUGCUGUCAAAAAGGCAGCCGUCAAUAACGCUGGUGGUGCGACACCAAUCCAACCCACCAGCCCCACAGCUUCUUCGGCGACCGCCAUCAACUCGCCGGUUUCUUCGCCUACCAGCUCAACCGGCUCCUCAGCAACUCUUUCGCCUGUCGGUUCAGCUCGUAGCCCCCCUGCAUCGAUGAUGGCUACACUCGAUGGGUCCAUGACCAAGGAAAGCCCAAGUGUCAAGGAAUCUACCUCCACGACAGGACCGAUUGCUGCUCCUACCCGACCCUCGUUUCGGAAUGCGGACAGCGCGUCCCAGUUUCUCAGCAAGUCACAGGAGCAAAAGGUGGUCAGCCAAACGAGAGAAGAGGCUAGUGCGCGUGAUGCACUGGACAGCCCCGUCAACUUGAACGAGUCCAGCAGUGACAACCCCGGUCAUAGGCACAGCAACAGUUCUGUCAACGCUCUUGAGGUUGUUGAGGAGGUUACCGUAUUGGAAGAUUCGGUAUUUGAUCAUCAUCAACAGCGACCAAGGUCACAGUCGAUGUGCUCACCCUCGUCUGUCGUGUCGUCGAAGACCAUGUUUUCUGCCUCUGGCAGCGGUGGCGAUGUCAAUGACAACGAUUCCUCCUCAACUCUCCAUCACAAUGACAAAGGUGGAGUCGCUCAUGAGAACGACAAGGAUAAGGGACAGGAGGAGCGGGAUCGACUCUUAUCUCCACCUCCUGUCAAGGUGUUGCCCGUGAAGCAGAAGUUGCCCGUCAACUCGAGCAGAGCGUCAAAGCUUCGAUCGAACUCUCCCAAACCCACCAAAACAUCCAAGCUGGUGACCGAAGAGGCCACUGAGAACUCUUUAUCAUUGGAGGAAGCGAACCGCAUCACCGGCAUGCGUAUCCUUCUCGCCGAAGACAACAAGAUUGCUCAGAUGGUACUGUCGAAGCAGCUGUCGUUGUUUGGACUGGUCAUUUCGUGUGCGAACGAUGGCGCUGAUGCAUUGGCAUUGUUCAAAUCUCAUCCUCGCGGAUACUACACCAUGGGCUUCUUUGACCACCACAUGCCCAACUGUGAUGGUGUGCAGGCGACACAGCAGAUUCGGUUGUUGGAGAAGGAGCAUGCAACAGAAGUGAAAGGCCCAGUCCCUCGUCUGCCAAUUGUUGCAGUCUCGGCCGACAUUCAGGAGACCGCGCGGAAGGCUUGCCUCAACUCUGGCAUGGAGCGCUAUGUUACCAAACCGCUGAUGCAGAAGGACCUGGUCGCGAUGGUUCGUCACUACUGUGUGAUCGGUGAUGCUGAGGCAAGCACUCAUUCGUAUGUGUCACCACCAGAGGGCGCAGGAGUAUCAAAUGGUCUAGGAGUUGCCUCGUCAUCGUCAGACUCGAAUGCAGUUACGUCAACAGUUGAAGCAAUGGUCUCUGCAGGUCAUGUCUCUGCACCUAUCGGGAUCUCGUCUGGACAGACAGGACCUAUGCUGUUGUCGCCUUCACCAAUUGGGCCGCAGCUUCAUAUUGGAUCACCCUUGCAGAAGCAGCUCACAUCUGUACCGAAGCGAGAGCUGGAACUGUCACCUGCGGCUAUGCGUGGGCUGGCUUUGAUUCGAGAGAACACUCUGCAAGAUGAGAGCUCCAAAGUUGGUGGUGGAGGAAGCAUCAAGGCGAUGAAUCUAGCCCUGGCAACAUCUAUGACCGCCUCUGCGUCGAUGGGAUCUCUUCCUACGCAGCAGCAGUUGUUACAGCAACAACAGCAGCAGCAGCAGGCGGCUAGCGGUGUCAAUCAUCUUGGGUUGAGGAGUCAUGGAUCCCAGUCUCAGCUCAGGACACCCAGCAGUACUUUUUCGUUGUCAAAGUCCAUCUCAUCGUCCUCUCUUUCGGGAAGUUACCAUGCGGGAGCAGCAAGUGGCGGGAUUGUCUCGUCUCCCCUCUUCAUGUCGACCUCCAGCCCUGUGGUCACAUCAUCCCCCUCACCUGCUCCCGGACCAAUCGCCAUGUGUGGAAGUACUCCGAAUAUUUUGAACCUUUCGUCGCCGUUUAGUUCACAUCAUCACCACCACCCAAUUGCCGCCAUGGCAGCAGGAGCUGCAGCCGCAGCGGCCGCAGUUGUGAACACUGUCAGUUCUGCUAUCAGUGAACAUAUCCACCCACCGUCGAUCUAUGCUGCUCAGCCUAACUCGAGCGCAUUGAGCUCGCCCUGGAAGGGGUCUCUUGAGGGACAGCAGAUUCAGCCGGACCAGCUUCAACAGCCAUUCGUGCUGCCUUCUUUUUCUUCAGAGUCUUUGACCGAGCAAGCACCUGGAACUGGGAAUGGAACAGGAGCAGGAGGACACACGUACCACCCGCCUCAGCAGGUGUUUGUGCCGUACUUGCAUCCCUGUGAGCCCUCGCCUACAAUGGACUGUGAGGAAGAUCCUAUGCUGACCAGUGGGUCGCUGUCGGCUGCAGCCCUUGCCCUUGGACCUACUGCCACCACUGCAGCUGCUUCAAACUCCACCUCGGCUCCUUCCGAUGAUAGUGCUGGCUGCAGUAACAGUGGCGCUGCAGGACUGCAAGUUUCUUUUUCUGCCACAGCGACGGCCAAGGCUGUUGCCGCUACCAAUGCGACCAUGGCUGCUACUGCGACUGUCCAAUUGAACAAUUGGUUGUAA